AUGGUGUUUGACGAACUCAUUGGCAAAACCAUGGAAGUCUACAUAGACGACAUGCUAGUUAAAAGCCUCCAAGCGAACAAACAAGCAAGUUACCUCGACCAGACCUUUCAGAUUCUUAGAAAAUAUAAAAUGAAGUUGAACAUUCUCAAAAGCACCUUCGGCAUGGCUUCGGGUCAGUUUUUGGGAUACAUUGUGAACCAAAGGGAAAUCGAAGCGAAUCCGGUAAAGAUUAGGGCCUUACUGGAAAUGAGGGCCACUGAUAAGUGUCUACCAUUCUUCAAAGUGUUGAAGCAAGGAAAGAAGUUCCAAUGGAUCGGUGAGUGCGAGGAAGCCUUCCAAACGCUGAAGAAGCACUUAGGAGAGGCGCAUAUGUUAUCCAAACCUAAACUACAAGAAUCACUACUGUCGUACUUGGCGAUCUCGGACGAGGCGGUCGGCGCAGACCUAGUCAAAGAAGAAAAUGAGCACCAAUUACGGGUAUACUAUGUUAGCAAAGCAUUACUCCCAGCAGAAACACGCUACCCAGACAUGGUGAAACUGGCGCUCGCUCUUAUCACGGCAUCAAGGAAACUGAGGUCGUACUUCCAGGCCCAUUCAAUUGAAGUUCUCACCAACUUCCCAUUAAAGCAGGGCCAAGCCCUUCUAGAUUUUGUGGCUGAAUUUGCUAAAGCCCCAAAAAUGGAGGCGACAAUGGAACCAGUCGAGCCCCCAACAUGGAACCUGUUCGUGGAUGGAUCUUCAGGAGAAACUGGCUUCGGAGCAGGGAUCGUCUUGGAAAGCCCAGGAGGCCACAAGCUAAAUUGCGCAGUAAAGUUCGACUUCAAAGCCUCGAACAAAGCUGCCGACUAUGAGGCCCUUCUAGCAGGCCUUAGACUUGCGAAAGAAAUGCAGUUCAGAAGGUUUCAUUGCAAGCACGACUCUCAACUUGUGAUGAGUCAGGUCAACGGGAACUUUGCGGCCAAAGACAGUAGCAUGGCUACAUAUUUAAAAUUGGUUUUGGACCUAGUUCCUCAUUUUGAAAAGUUCGAACUGAUCCAAGUCCCACACCUCAAGAAUACUCACGCAGAUGCCCUGUCAAAGUUGGCCAGCAGCAAAGAUUCAGAGCUACUAAAGAUUGUCCCCAUUGAACACUUGUCGAAGCCCUCCGUCUCCGGAGGUGAAGAGUUGUUAUGGAUAAAAAGUACCCCAUUAUGGAUACAACCCAUCAUGGCCUGUCUUAGGGAUCAAUCACUACCAGCUUCGAGAAGCGAGACGAUGAAGUUAAGAAUAAGGGUUGCACACUUCGUCCUACAAGAGGAUGUCCUCUAUAAAAGAGGCUUUGCCUUACCACUUCUCCGAUGUGUAGGAGGGGAAGAAGCUACGUCUAUACUCAGGGAGAUCCAUGAGGAGAUCUGCGAAAAUCAAUCUGGAGGAAUGGCUCUGGCACACAAAGUACUUCGACGAGGCUACUUCUGGCCGACCCUGAAAAUGGAUGCUUGUCGGUUUGGUAUUCCCCACUCCUUAGUGUCUAACAACGGGAGACAGUUCAACAACAAGAAGAUGCGAGACUUAUGUGACGAACUGGGGAUAAAGAAGGAUUUCUCAACACCUCAUCACCCCCAAGCAAAUGGACAAGUUGAGGCAGUAAACGAAACCAUCAAGGAUACCUUGAAAAUGAAGCUUGACACCUCGAAGGGGGCUUGGGUUGAUGAGCUUCCCCACGUCCUCUGGGCCAUCCGCACAACUAGCCGAAUCGCGACGGGGUAG